AUGCCGAGAAGAGAGAUUGCAGGGAUCGCAGCGAGUCUGUUGGAAGGCCCAGAUCGCAGGAAUGGUAUGACAAGGGCAGUCUUGAUCAAGAACCUGCCAUCCUUCGACUCGAAGUCCCUCAACCCCGAUGAAGCCAUCGAUCGGGCGAACAGCUUCUUGAAUGUCACGAGAAGUAGGAGCUCUGCCAGCACAGAGGACAGAGCUGGUCCUCCGCCAAUGAGCGCCAUGGCGAGCAACAGAGAUUCGAAUCUUGAUGCUAGGAAGGUUGGCCAGCUUGAGAGCUUGCAGAGCCAGAGGAAGAGCAAGUUUGUGGCUCAGCAUACCAAGUCACCAUCCAUCCGGCCGUUGAUCCCUCCAGCGUUUGUGCCGGACCUGGAGCAGCAUGAGGAUAUGGAGAGGAGGAAGAACGUUUUCACGGAUCAAGUUGUUCAUGGGUCUCAAUCACGGCAGAGCUUCAGGGAGAGAAGAUCGGCGCAAUCUGGUUCAAGCUCAAGCAACGCGACGGAUGAGCUCCUGCCUCCUCUGCCUGAAGCUCAUUCGUACCAGGACAGGCCGACGGAGGUUGGAUCGAGAAGGACAGCGAGGGAGGAGGAGGAGAGGGAGCAAGAGACAGGACCAAGUGUGCAGGCCUUGCAUGAUGGGCGCGUGAAGAAGCGAUCGGUGGAGGAUGAAGCCUUCUUCUUGCAAAUGUUUGACAGCGAAGAGCUCAAGACGUUUGCAGAGCAUUAUCCGAUGCCAGGAAAGCAAGGAAUUCUAAAGAAUGUUGUCGAGCUUUCACAGAUACAGGGCGAAUGCGACGGAAGCCUUGUUGAAGAAGAGUAUCUCUCCAAGAACGUUGAUCACUUUGAUAAACUAGAUGUUCAUGUGCUGAAUGACAACAGGCAACCAAUCAACAACAUCAUUUCCCGUCGAGUGCUACGAGGCGUGUUGUCGAGGAAGGUUGCAGAAGCAAACGUCAUAGCUCAGAACUCUCUGAUCAGCAACAAUUUUCGCUUCCGAAACAACAAGAUGAUUGAUAAGAGAGACAGCAACCUGUCAGAGCAGGCAAGCAGAAGGCGGUCUAUCACCGUUGGGGUUGGACUUGAACUGAACAACAACAUCAACAACACUGACAACCAGCAAUUCGACAUGCCGGGAAGAGAGUCAAUCACCGUGUGCAAGGAGAAGAUUCUCGUUGAGAACGAAAGUCAGUCGGUUCUUGAAUGGCUGCAACUGACGGUCAGCAAACUCGCAGCUUUUGGUCUUCCUGGCCGGACGCCUCUGGCUCCAGAAACCUUCAACUGCAAAUUCUCCCGCGAUGAGGAUGGGAUGGGAGCGAACAAGCCAGAGAUUGGCAUGCUGAAGCGUCUGGUGCAGUUCAUGACGCCAGCUGAGGGGGAGGAGGGAGAGGAGGAUGAUGAGCUUCUGGAAGACAUGAGAGGGGAAGGCGAGCCUCCCGCCGAGCACGCGUGGGGGCUCAAGGUCGAGUCGGUACGUUGCCACGUCAGCUGGAGGGCGAGCGAGUGA